GCGAGUAUGAAUGCGUGUGCAAUUAAUUACCAAGCACGGACAAAGGGUGCGAUAGUGCUGUGCUAAGUGUACUAGUCCAGUCAGUGCUGAGACGUGAUCAAAGGCGCGCGCACACAGCCGCGCGACGCAUUCGCCAACACUGCGUACGCGCUUAAAACGAUAUUAGUUAAUAUGAUGCUCGCCGGAGCGCAAAUCGUUGAAGACAGUGUGUCGUACAGGCCAGAAAAUGCAUCGGUUUCGAUAGGGGCCAACCCCGAGCCGCAGCUGACGACGCAAGGGUUCUCCAAGAUGCCCACAAGGGAUCCCGUGGACAUACAGUUCACUAACAUCACAUGCACUGUACAUCUGGGAUUUAACAAAGGCUCGAAGCAAAUUCUGCAUGGUGUGAACGGACGACUCCGGCCUAAGCAACUGGUUGCGAUCAUGGGUCCCUCCGGUGCUGGUAAAUCGACUCUUCUGGAUGUUCUAUCCGGAUAUCGUAUCACGGGCGUCGGCGGGGUUGUCCACGUGAACGGAAGAGGCAGGAACAUGAAAAGAUUCAAGAAGAUGUCGUGUUACAUACAGCAAGACGACCGCCUGCAGGGACUACUGACUGUCUCAGAGAACAUGGUAUUGGCUUCCGAUCUUAAGCUCUCCAUCAAAAUGGACAAAUACGAAAAAGGAGAAGUGAUCGAAGACAUAUUAACUGCACUAGGUCUGUACGAGCAUAUGAGCACACGUGCGUCCCGCCUCUCGGGUGGACAGAAGAAGAGGCUCUCCAUCGCUCUGGAGCUGAUCAACAAUCCCCUCGUUAUGUUCCUCGACGAACCAACAACUGGUCUGGACAGCUCCUCGUGUAGUCAAGUAGUCAAGCUCUGCAGGGAUCUGGCGCAGCAGGGUCGUACCAUAGUCUGUACGGUACAUCAACCCUCAGCGUCACUGUUUGCGCUAUUCGAUCAAGUAUACGUUUUAGCUGCAGGAAAUUGCCUCUACCAGGGCACCACAAAGAACUUAGUACCAUACUUGGAGGGGGCCGGAGUACCGUGUCCUAUAUACCACAACCCAGCUGAUUACAUUAUCGAAUUGGCUUGCGGAGAAUACGGUGAAGACAAGAUCCAAAUCUUAACGACAAAAGCUGAGAACGGACGCGCACUUUCCUGGUUCGAUGAUCCUGACUCCAUGCCCACUAUGGAAAUCUUAAGAAAGCAGUGUCCUCUUAGCGUCUUAAAGGAGCAAGACCCUAGUACUGGCAACGAAGAAACUCCUAGAUCCAAUCAAAGAAAAGUACUUAUUAAAAGAGGAUUCUUAAAAGCAAAACGCGACUCCACAAUGACCCAUCUCCGGCUAAUAGUGAACGUGUUAGUGGGAGUUAUGUUGGGGAGUUUAUUUAUCAAGGCCGGUAACGAAGGCUCCAGAGUCUUGGAGAACUACAAUCUGCUGUUUGCGAUACUGAUGCACCACAUGAUGUCGCCAAUGAUGCUUACCAUACUCACUUUUCCGUCGGAAAUGUCCAUAUUAUCAAAGGAGCACUUCAAUAGAUGGUACUCGUUGGGUUCCUAUUACAUCUCUAUUACAAUUGUCGAUUUGCCUAUUACGAUAGUAUCUUGUGCGGUGUUCAGUGCGAUAGUGUACACUAUGUCUGGUCAGCCGAUGGCGAUCUCUCGGUUCGGGAUGUUCUUCGCGAUCUCCCUAUACACGGUACUAGUGGCGCAAAGUUUCGGCCUCAUGAUCGGAGCCGUCUUCAAUGUUGUUAACGGUACCUUCCUUGGCCCUACUUUGUCGGUACCGAUGAUGAUGUUCGCGGGCUUCGGAGUGACUCUACGCGACCUCCCGCCGUACUUGUACUGGGGGUCAUACGUCUCGUACUUGCGGUACGGAUUGGAAGGAUUCGUGGGCGCCAUAUACGGGUUGGAAAGACCGAAACUGGACUGCAAUGAAGCACCUAUAUGCCUUUAUAAAUACCCAAGACAGUUCCUCUCUGAAGUAGCUAUGUCUCCGGACAGAUUCUGGUGGGACGUUCUAGCGCUCACGAUCUUCGUCUUCGUGUUAAGGAUUGCAGCUUUCUUCCUUCUAAAAUGGAAGUUAAACGCUGUUCGAUAAAGACAUCUAAUUUGCUCAAGCCAUUUAUAUAUACUUAGAAUUAUAGUAGGUAGAUUAAUAAUGUGAUUUUUUUUAUGGCGAAAAUCGUAUUUUAAACGGGAAUUUAAGUUUAGUACGGUUGGUGACAAAAACAAAAUUUAUGUUAAAUGUAAAAAAAAAAAAUGUGAAAUUCAUAAAGAAAAUUUUAGCUAAGUAGGUAUUAAAUUAAUUAUUGCAACGGUUUCUAGGUUUUCUUACUUGUACAAACUUGUACAAAGUAAAUUAUAUUUUAGUGAUUUCUGUUUUUCUAACCGUAUUUUGAGGGUAGGUAUUUUAAUUUUGUUGACCUGAAUUUUUAUCUGGUCUGUGUAUGAAGGGUAGAGGUACCCUCCAUAGGUCUGUGGUUGAAAUAGAUAAAAUUAAAUUAAAAUGAGUGCCAUUUUACUGAGUCAUUUUUAUUAUAUGUAUAAAAUAUUA